CAAGACUUGGAUUAUCCUUUGUGAUUUUUCUACACUCCUGAUUUCUUCUUACUCCGCGACUGGACCUGACUCUUACACCGACUCUACAGCAGUGAUGAUGAACUUCGGAGGAGGAGCCGCGCUUCAGCAGCACCAGGAUGUGGAGCCCGAGCCCGAGCCCGAGCCCGGAUGGAGCGGACUGGACGACCCCUGGAACGGGACACAGAGGGAGACGUUUGUGUUUCCGCAGGAUGAGGACGAUGACAACUGGCCUGUGCUAUGCCUCUCUCCUGUUUGGAUGCCAACACCUGUGGGGAGCCCAUCCCCACCUAUGAGAGGCCUCUCUCCUUUAUGUACCCCACCACCUGUGAGGAGCCCAUCCCCACCUAGGAGAGGCCUCUCUCCUUUAUGUACCCCACCACCUGUGAGGAGCCCAUCCCCACCUAGGAGAGGCCUCUCUCCUUUAUGUACCCCACCACCUGUGAGGAGCCCAUCCCCACCUAGGAGAGGCCUCUCUCCUUUAUGGACCCCACCACUCGUGAGGAUCCCAUCCCCACCUAUGAGAGGUCUCUCUCCUUUAUGGACCCAACCACUUGUGAGGAUCCCAUCCCCACCUUUGAGAGGUCUCUCCCCUUUAUUGACCCCACCACCUGUGAGGAGCCCAUCCCCACCUAUGAGAGGCCUCUCUCCCGUAUUGAUCCCACCACCUGUGGAGAGCCUCUCUUCUGUAUGGAUCCCACCACCUGUAUGGAUCCCACCACCUGUGGGGAGCCCAUCCACACAUAUUAGAGGCCUCUCUCCUGUAUGGAUCCGACCACCUGUAUGGAUCCCACCACCUGUGGGGAGCCCAUCCACACAUAUUAGAGGCCUCUCUCCUGUAUGGACCCCACCACCUGCUAUGAGCACAUCCGCACCUAUGAGAGGCCUCUCUCCUGUAUGUAUCCCACCACCUGUGGGGAGCCGCUCUCCUGUAUGGUUCCCAGCACCUGUAUGGAUCCCACCACCUGUGGAGAGCCCAUCCCCACCUAUGAGAGGCCUCCCGCCAGUUUGGAUCCCACCACCUGUCCCACGCCAGGGCAUAAGGAGGAGGAGGGACGAAGAGGAUGGCAGUCAAGAAGCCCCUCCGAGUAGACGGCAGCAUGUGGAUCAGGAUGGGUAGCUGGAUUUCAUCAGGAGGAUCGUCCAUCACCUCUUAUCCAUGAUGUAUAGUAAGUAUGUAUGGUAAGUAUGUGUGGUAAGUAUUUCACCCCUAGGUUUCAGCAUUAGUCUUUUUUAAUAAAUAUGUAAUCCUUUUAAACACGUGGGGUGGUGAGAAUCCGCUUGAUACCUUCUCAUCUGUUGGGUUGGAAAAAAAAUAAAAAAAAUUUUGGGAACAGGUUACAUAGUUAGCUCCAAAAUGUUUCAUUAGACCCAAGAGCCCAGUGUUCAUGCUCAGGCCUCUUCUGUAGUUUUUUAAGAACAGCUCUUACGAGCUCAUAGCCCAUAGUUCAUAGCUACAUCAUUCAGUCACUUUAUGAAUCUUGGUGUGAUUGGGCAGGCAUCCAGAGGAUUCUUA